AUGGGAAUUCCAUAACCAAAACAAACUCAAUCUCAACUUUUUGAAGAAACCCUUAAAUAAUUCGACAUAAUAGACAAAUAAUCUACUUACGUAUUAUUUCAGAAUAAAACUACAAUGCAAAAAUUAGAAUUUUGGACAUUUAAGUAUCAUGAUGAAGACUCUUUCAAAAAGGCAGUAUAAGAACUGAUUCCAAUUAAAUCAUGUUAAACUUUGCUUUAAAUUGUUAAAUAAAAUACAGUGUCUCAUGAUGAAUUUUGUUCUACUUUCUAUGAACUUCAAAUACUUGUUGAACAUCCAAUCUAAAGUUUUGGAGAAUACCUACAAAAUAGAGGACAAUAAGAUUACUCAUCAAAAGAGCUGUAUCAUUUGAUAGAUUGUGUAGUAUUUGCAUAAUUAAAUCUUGAUAAAAAACAAUAUAUAGGAUUCAAUAAUUUAUGGCAAGGUGAAAAUGAUGUCUGGAAAUUGAGAAGUUUUGAUAAUACCUAUCGACCUAUCGAUUUUUGGGGAAAACAAAUACCUCAUUUAUAUCCAGCACCAGAAGAACUCAAAUUAAAUCCAUUACUUAAAUAUUCACUUGAAAAAGCAACCAUUUUCACCUUUGGUAUGCUCCUUCUUCAUGUUGCAUUAGGUAUUUAAUUAAUUUAAAUAAGUAUAGCCAAAUCUUGUGACUCUAUUUAUUAAAAUAAUACUAUAGAUUAAUAAAAAAUGAUAACUAGAAUUGCUGAAUUCUACAAAAUAUAUCCUACCACUUUAGCAGAUAUUAUAUCUAAUAUGCUAUAAUUGGAUCCAAAUCAAAGAUACAAUUAUUAAGAUAUCCAUUAUAGAUUGAAAGAGGCUUAAUAAUGUAAGAUAACUGAUAGCACUAACUUACUCUUAAAAAUGCCUUAACAUAUAAAUAGCUAAUCUAAAAUCUAAGGAAAUCCUUAUAAAUCUCCUGUAGAAACUUAAAGAUUAAUGAACAUUCCACUAUAUCCUGAAUAAUUAUUUAUAAAUUCUUAAUUGAUACCUGGAAAUAAUAGUUUACCAAAUUAUGGUAAUUCUUUAUAAUCAAAUAAUGAAUAAUUGAUAUAGACAUCUAAGCAAUAAUAGCUAGAACAACCUUAAACUAUAAUACAAAAUCAAUAAUCAUCCCCUUAUAAUAGUAGAAUUAAAUAAGAUAAAAUAUCAUUUGUUGAUGGAAGAUACUAUGAGGGAGAAAUUAUGAAUGAAUAAAUGCAUGGUUAAGGUGUUCUUUAUUAUUCUGAUUCUACAAUUGAAUAUGAUGGUUAAUUUUUAAAUGGUUAAUUUCAUGGUUUUGGAGUACAAUACAAUAAUAAUCCUGAUAUAAUGGAUGCUUUCCUUAAUAUUAAUGAAUUUCCUGGUAUUUUUAAUAAUUGGGUAAAAUAUGAAGGUGAUUUCUAUUUAAAUAAGUAUUUUCCUUAUUAGUAUUAGAAAACAUGGAAUUGGAAGUAUUAUAUUCUCUAAUGGUGAUUUUUAUAUUGGUGGAUUUCAAAAAGAUUAUAUGGAAGGAAGAGGUACUUACACUUAAAAAUAUGGAUAAACAUAUAUUGGUUUUUGGGAAGGUAAUAAACUAAAAUAUUGA